GAAACGACAUAAAUCCAGUCCACGCAGCUGGGUUGCGAGCAGGGACCCAGAUUUCCUCACUUCAAAGGCUUCCGCUCCUCACCGCCUCCUCUUCCUCCUCCUCCUCCUCCUCCAACGCCUCCUCCACCUCCUCUCUCCAUCCCUCCAUCCAGGCAGAAAACGCUGCACAUCGGAGCUGCGAACAUGGACGAUCAGCAAUGAAAUGCAGAGCAGGAGGGAAGAAGAGAGACACGUUUAAAUAAGCGAGAGAAGAAGAAGAAGGAGAGGCCGCUGCGGACAGGUAGAUGAGUAGACCAGCAUGCCAUUGGUGAAGAGGAACAUCGAGCCCCGGCAUCUUUGCCGUGGAGCAUUGCCGGAUGGAGUGACCAGCGAACUGGAGUGUGUCACUAACAGCACACUAGCAGCCAUCAUCAAACAGCUGGGCAGUCUGAGUCGUCAUGCUGAGGACAUUUUCGGUGAGCUGUUUAAUGAAGCCAACAGCUUCUACCUGAGGAUGAGCAGCCUGCAGGAGAGAGUGGACCAGCUGGCUGUGAAAGUCACUCAGCUUGACUCCACCGUGGAGGAAGUUUCCCUGCAGGACAUCAACAUGAGGAAGGCCUUUAAGAGUAGCACCAUCCAGGACCAGCAGGUGGUGUCGAGGACCUCCGUCCCCAACCCUGUGGUGGAGAUGUACCAUCGUUGCGAUAAGCCUCCACCUCUCAACAUCCUCAGUCCAUAUAGGGAUGACAAGAAGGACGCACUGAAGUUCUACACUGACCCGUCCUACUUCUUCAACCUGUGGAAGGAGAAAAUGCUGCAGGCCACUGAGGACAAACGCAAGGAGAAGAGACGACAGAAGGGCUGUCCGGCCCACCCUGACAGGCCCCACUCCAGACAGGCCCCACCCAGGAGCCCCCUGUCCAUCUCUGAGCAGCAGAGGCAGGUUGAGGACCCGGGCAGAGAGGUGAAGAAGGUGCGUAAGGCUCGUAACAGACGUCAGGAGUGGAACGUCCUGGCCUACGACAAGGAGUUCAGACCAGAUGCCAGGCUCACCCCCUCCCCUUACCAUGGCAUGUCCUCGGAGGGCUCUCUGUCUCCUGACAACAAGUCAAUGGCGUCCGAUUCCUACCCAGCCAGCCCCAACCACCCAGCAAGCCAGGCCCCCGGCGCCGUCCACCCCACCGACCACCAUGCCAGGGAUCACCUCAGCGCUGCAGCCCAGACUCAGUCACUGGACCGUGGACUCAGGCCAGCCAACCAGCCUCCAGCAGGACCAGCGGCAGGAGGGAGGCAUGUGGCUUCUUUGGGCAGGACCCCAUCAGGACACGGGGUCCCGGCUGGUGGAGAUCAGAUGGUUAAUGGGCCGAGGCAGCAGUCGAUUAAGGAUUACCGAGCCGGGCAUGGCGGGCAACCUUCCACCAUCCCCGAGUAUCAUAUCCCACCUGCUCCUCCUCCCCCUCCCCCAACCAUCCCCUCCGCCCAGACCGCCUUCGACACCGCCGCGGUCCCUCCCCCCGGCGCCGCCUCCGCUGUCCCACCAACCUCCUCCGCCCUCUCCCGUCCCUACUCUCCUUCCCCUCCUCCUCCCCCAGCCAACUACGUGCCCUCCCCUGCUCACCCUCCCUCUGGUGCCCCUCCCGCCGCUCCUCCACCCCCGCCACCAGGAGCCCCAGCUGGACUCCAGGCACACCCCUCGCCACCCCACGCCGCUGUCAGCCAGGCUGUGGACGCAGCGCCCACGACGAGGAAGUCAAUCAUGCUGGGGAUGAUCCCGAUGAGCGACGCCCGCUCCGACCUGCUGGCUGCCAUACGUAGAGGUAUCCAGCUGAGGAAGGUGCAGGAGCAGAGGGAGCAGGAGGCCAAGAGGGAGCCCGUCGGCAACGACGUGGCCACAAUCCUGUCCCGCCGUAUCGCCGUGGAGUACAGCGAGUCUGACGACGACUCCGAGCUCGACGAGAACGAGUGGUCUGACUAAAAGACAUCUGAAGAGACGGGGGCCUGGCAGGUGGUGAUGACAGGGAAUCAGAGGGAGAGAAACUUUGACGUGCAGGGGUUGAAAUGAAGGGUUUUUGUUAGUUUCACUUUACAUGAUUGAUAUUUAAACUAAAAAAUCCAUAAACGCAGUCAUACAUGCAUUCACACAUAGGUACAUCUCCAUUCUGCUGCCUUUUGAACAUUAAAACGGCAACAAGCUGGUAAUUUUAGCCUGCUUUGUUUCCCCUGAUGACGCCUAUUCUACGAAUGACGCCCUAGAGAUUUGUGUGUCUAACCACCCUGUGUGUAUGGCGCAAUAAACACACACUCACACAAUUUUAACACCCUCCCGCCCCCGUCUGCUCAUUUUUAACCACUAACACUCAGCUGUGAAAACAAACGCACCAUCGUCUCCCUCCCUACAUACUUGAGUGAUAAUUAUUAGCAAUAUUACAUGAUCUCAAACUGUAGGUGGGUGGACCCCCGGUGAGUAAGGGGGCUUAAUGUGUUUACAAAACACUUGAUAUAGCACAAGAAGAAAUAAUUAUAGUGCAAUCUUAACUUAUCUGCCAAAUGUUGAGAAAGAAUUUAUGAAAACAAGUCAGGGAAAUCAGGGAAAAAUAGCUCUGUGGAGGAUCGCUCUGCCACGCCAGGCCGUGCCUGUUUGAGAAACACGUGCACUCGUCUUUACAGGCUGCACUGACGUCAUGAGAGUUUGCUUUAUUAGUUACUUUAAUAGACAUGAGACAACAGAAUCAGCACCAGUACUAUCUCUGUACUGUGAACCGUUAUUCAAAUGGUCGCAGAUGAACACACAGUUAGAAUCUUAAUUGUUUGAUAACUUAAAAGUUCAGGAAAAGAAAACAUCGAGAGCUUUUGAAUUUUAACAAAAAAAAUCCCACCUGUGUGUACUCCUACACUCUUUAAAUGAUACAUGAAAAGGUCAAAUUUGAUUUGGAUUCUGUUCAAAGAAUAAAGAGGAAUACAGAAUAAAAUCCUGAAGAAAAUAUAUUCCAUAUAAAUCUUUUUUGUUUACUUUUUUUUAUUCGUAUUUCUUUUCCAAUCCUCAACAAGCUCCUUUUUCUGUAGUUGAGUCCAUAUCAUAAUCUUCAGUCUACCUGUUAAUGAAAGUCUAUAUACAAACAAAAAGUCAGUAAAAUGAAAAUCCAAAAUGGCACAAAAAAAAUUUGAGAAUUUAAAAUGUAAUAAAAGUUAUAAUCUCCAUCUCUUUUUAUCCCCAUGAUGAGCCCAGUCAGAUGAUGUUUUUUUUAAUUUCAUGAAAAAUGCUUUGUCCUCAGUUCAUUUUAUUUCUUAUUUGUUAAUAUACCAGCUAAUCUAAAGAAGUACUAACACAUUUAUUUAAAAUGAUUAGUUUAGUUUUGUUAAUAUUUAAGAAAAUAUAUAAAAUCAUAAAAUUCAGGGAUAAGAUACUUAGAUGAGUGAAAGAAUGCAUGAAAAAAAUGCAUUUAUUUUUAAAUAUCAUUACUGAAUACCAGUAUCAGAUAACUGAAAAUCUAAAACUCAUCUUAAAUCAUUGAGAUAAAAAAAUAAAUACAUACAUUUUUGUGUUUCCAAAGAAGUUGACAAAAAUCCAAAUAUAAUGGCCAAAAAAGUUUUUGGGAAAGAAAAUGUAGAAUUAAAAAUUAGUUCCUACUCACAACUGCUACUUUAGACCUCAGCCUACACAAAUCUCCAUUUCAAAUUAUUAAAUAAUGGAAAAUAAAUCAAAAUAAAUAAAGAAAUAAAUCAAAAAAAUAAAGAAAUAAAUCAAAAGUACAAAGUUACGUUUGGAGCAUGUUUUGUUCUUUUUCUCCAGAAUCAGAUAUUUGUUUUGCAAAUUCUUUCUUGCAAACAUCUGAUGAAAAUAUAAAGAAAAAAAAAAAAGGUUGAAAAUUUUAUUUGACAUACAGGCACUUUGGGGGGCAAACUUUCAAAUAAACUACAUUUUUGAAAUGGUCUAAUUAACAUAUUUUUGUUUAAUUUUUUUCCUUUCAAAUGUACAUAAUUUCAGGCUCUCACAGUAAGAUCAGUUUGUAUAUCACAGCUGGCCACAAGGGGGCGAUUGAGAUAUUUUAGCUGAAUAAUUCUGUGAUUGUCAUGUUGGCUGUCACUGGGUUUGACGCUUAUAUGCUAUGUAAAACCCAAACACUCCCAAAACACCUAAAACCAAAAAAUGCCCCUGAAAACAGCCAUUUUUCUCAAGAAUGGACUGAUGAAUACACGUUUGAACAUGCAUCAUAUUUGCUAGUAAUGGCUGACAGGUGGAAACAUACAGUCAUUCCUGAUGAUUUUUUUUUUCCAUCUCAGUAUUGUUUUUUUUUUUGUUUUUUUUGUUUUUUUGGAGUUGCUUCAAUAGCUGUAGGGAGAUUAUUUUUAUUAUAUUUAUUCUCUUAAAUGUUUACCAAAUCAUAUUUAAUUUUAUUUCUAUUAAAUCCUUUUGCAACUCCAUUAGAGAUCAAAAUACUAUUAUCUAUAGAAACACAUUACAGAUUACAUUCCCAAAGUGUUUGUUAAAUCUAUCUCUAACAGCAUUCAAACGUCUUUGGUUUCAUCUAUUAAAAUGCUUUGAACUCGAUUUUCUUUUUAACUUUAUGUAUUUUUUCUUUUAUUUGUCAGGAACUGUGUAUGUUAAUGAUGUUUUCAUCUUAGACAUAGCUUUCCCUAGCUUUAAAGAACUUUAAAGUCAACAAUCAAGUGUUGAAGUAGACAGCUAGGCGAGCAACAGGUCUUUACAGAGAUAAUAACGGUGCUGGUUCUCGUGUUAUUAGUAGGAAACUGUCAGAGCCAAACUCUCAUGAAGUCAGUGCAGAGACCUUGAACUCUUACCUUUAAUUGUGAUGAACAGCAGCUCUCCCGUUCAGAGAACGUCACUGUUCAAUCUGUGACAGAAACUCAACCCACCCAUCAUUCAGCCUCCAUAUCACAGCAUCAGACAGUAAAGCAAGUGAGCCAGCUUCUGCCAUUACUUUGGUACGUUUUAUAUUUUAUUUUUUGGUCUUUUUUAGUCUUUCAUAAUGAAUUUAAAGCCUAACAUUUCAGCCAGUGACUGUGUGCCGUGGUAUUGGUCUUAUAUAAACGCUUCCACACUUAACAACACUGGACAUGCACUCACAGAGCUCAUCAUCCAGACCCGGGGUCAAAGAUCACGUCCACGCCGUCAUAUGCGACCCUGGAUCUGCACCGCUGUCUGUGGAGGCUUUGUGAACGCAGCCCCUGGACUAUAAAUACAUACAUGUAAGAGACUUGCAACAGUAAUAUACAGUAUAUUAUCUAUCUCGUUUUUCAGUAUAGGUUUGGCUAAUCCUCGGUAUGAGCUGAUUGGACUGUAGUGUUUUUAUAACGUGGUUUUACUUUUGAAAUGUGCUGCAGUGACUUGUUCAGUUUGGUUUAUUUUGGGGGUUUUCUACGCUAGGCCAGGAUUGAGGUUCACGAUGAUGAAGUUGUCAGAAAAGCCAGUUUUUUAAAAAAAUGACCCUUUUCUUCAGAGAUAUGCCAAUUCUGAAUUUCAUCUUGAGCCAAAGCACUGUUUCAGUUUCCCAUUAAAACAAACCAUUUUUGUUGGUAAAAGAAGUUUGUGCCUCCAUCUAAUCCAAUAAUAUUAACAUAUAUUGUUUGGUUUUAAGUCCGUUUAUCAAUUUUAAAGAUUCCUUAUCUCAAGCAUGUCACAAAAACCAAAUUAAGAUCAUCAACUCUCUGAUUUUAUCUUUCCUGCUCAUAAGAAAAUGUGAGUGUAGGCAAUUGUUUCUUCCAUUAUGGUGUGAGUUAUAAUGCUUAAUUACUGUAAUUAUGUGUGGUUACAGCAAAUAAAACUUUGACAAAUAAAGGAGUAAGUUGUAUCUACAUCAAAUUUUUAAAAUGUAUGAAAUGGCUAAAUUUAAACCUUUCAAUCCAGAUCUUUUUGUCCUGAAAACACAAGAUAAUUAUGGGCCUCAUUCACCAACACCUUCCUUAGAUUUUUCUUACACUGGUUUUAAAUUUGAGACCCAGUCAGAUUUAUGACGUAGGUCUUUAAAAGAUCAGCAUCAUGGGCUCAUAAGUUUGAAGCUCGUGCACAUUUUUCCUAAUUCAUCUUGGUUUUCGCCACGUAGGGAACUGCAGGGCUGUGUGCAAACACAGCAGGAGUGAGAACAAACAUAGCAAGAUGUUUGUAAUGGAAAAAUGCAGUUUAAAGAGCUAUUUUGGAUUUAAAGUCAGCAAGUUCAUCACAUUUUCCUUAAUAUGUUUAAGUUGCUCCCUACAGGAACAACCAGUCUAACUCAGUCAGCAACUUCAGUCAUGGCGCAGAAGUCUCCUAUGCUAUAUAAUACUUAGCACUAGUAAAGGACAUUAGAUAAGAGAUAGAGAUACAGUGUGUUGCACUAUAAUAAGAAAAGGUUGCAAUCCAGAUAGGUUAAAAAAAAAUUAGAUUAUUAAGGGGGCAGGGUCUUUUCACAGAAUUUAAAACUGUUGGAAGUGGGCUUUUUUUAAAUGAAUAUGAUGGAAACCCCCAUUUAUUCUAUACUAAUUUAAUACCCUUGUAUGAAGGUAGGAAUUUAAUAUUUUAAAUGAGUUUUUAAUUGAAAAAAAUCUGUAUUUAUAAUCAUUAUCUUACAUUAAACAAUAUGUAUACCGACAUAAUUACAUUAAAAGCUGACCACAUUUAAGUCAUGCAUUUGUUUGUUAAAAAAAACAUUAAAUGUAAUUCAAAAUGUCAUGUUAUUUUAGGCAUUUUUAAUUUGGUAUCUGAGGGCUAAUACGUGCAAAAUGUAUUGUUGUAUCCUGUCAUAUCAGCUUGUAAGAGUGCUCUGAAGUGUUCUUAGACUUUCUUCUUUAUUACAAAGAAAUUAGAAAUCGGGAAACUUCUUAAAAUGGCUUGAGAGAAUUUAAAAAUCAAAUUUCCUCUUAACAGUGGUUGGUGAAUGAGGUCCAAUGCUCUUAGCAAAUUGUGUAAUCAUAUAGUAUGUCCAAGAUGGUUUUAAUAUAUAUUGUGAAACAGAUGGGAGUUUUAAUUUUAUAUUAGUUAUACUAAUUUAAUUAUUCCUAAGAUUUUAAAGAGAUAUUGCCAAGGAACAGUCAGGUUUGUACGUAAAUACUGCACAAUAGGUGAGUUAAAAGCUGCACUUGGUGGAGACUUAACUGGAUUAAAGAGUGGACGAUAUUUGCAUGAUUGUUUUGGAAAUUACUAACUCAAUUUGUGGCCGUUUUCCUCAGACAAAACCUUCAAGCAGGGACGCUCAAAUGGUCUUACGGAGUUGCACCUUCAUCGUUCAGGUUUUAAAAUGUGCAAAAACAAUUAGAAUCAGAAUAAAAAUCACUAUUUAAUAGUGUAAAAAAAACAAGAAUUUCAACGUUAAGUCACCAGGUAAACUCCUAACAAACUUUUUAAACAAAAUUUUCACAUUGAAUGUGAUGGCUGAGAAAAAAGUCAAAGACCUUAUACAAAAAGAUUCAGUGGUAAAGCACAAUGAACGGCUUGUUACAAGAAUGUUACAAGAAAAAAUUACAAUACACUUAUCAAUAACAGUUUAUUCAUUCUGUAUAGGAGUCCAGCUUAUUUAAUCCAACAAUCCAAAACCUUUAGACGUUUAAAGAAUGUAAAGCUGUGACUGUAAACUGAGCAUUUUAUCUGUUGUGCUGGCUCUGGCAACAUUUCCACCUUGGAAAUUCUUUCCCAUGAUUACCAAACCUAAGACAAAAAAGGCACAAUACUUGUUUAUUUUGGCAACUAAUAUCAACCAUAUCCUGUGAAUCUUUGGCAACUGGCUUGUGAAAAUACUUCAUUGUGUGUUGAAAAUGUGAGAAAUGAAUCAUGUUGUAUAAACUUUUGGUAAGGAAGCCUGUAAAGUACAUUUGGGGUAAUAUAACAUAGACAAUGGAACAAAAUAAAACUGUGUAAUGCACACUAAAAACCAACUGUAAGCAAGUAUGCAUGUUACUAUAGACA